AUGCAAGACAAAUUGCAGAACGAGAAAUCUGGAGAAGCUUUUACCAAACAAAUGCUCGAUAUUGGUAAUGACAAAAUACCUGUUGACUCAUCGUCAUUGACAUUUUCUACCAAUUUUUGUCACUUUACUGAAACAAAGACACAACUCAUCGAGAAGGUUUUCCCAAACAUUGCUCAAAAUUACAAAAAUCAUGUAUGGUUGAGCGAAAGAGUUAUAUUGGCUGCAAAAAACGUUGAUGUCAACGAAAUGAAUUUCCAGAUUCAAAAUAAUAUAGCUGGCAAAUUAAUAUUAUACAAAUCGAUUGAUUUCGUUACUAACCAAGAUGAUGUUGUCAACCAUCCAACGGAGUUCUUAAAUUACUCAGAAAGCAUUUCAGAAACCUCCUCAAUGAUCCAAGAAACAAGAAUGAUUCAGAGAAGUACCACACCUGCGAAAUCUCGUAUUCUAUUAAAUUGA